AUGUGUUAUGAAAAUGUAGGAAUGACUGACAGUCACCGUGAACCAUGUUUUAUUAAUCGACGUGAGGAUGGAAAAGUAAAACAAGGUUGUGGAGAGUGGAACAAGGCAUGCCCAGAUAAUAAAGAUACCGAAUUCUGUAAAUAUUGCAGAACAAGGAAUUGUAAUGACGAAAAAAUAAUACCCAAAUAUUGUUGGACAAAUUAUGGAAAAAUUAAAGUAAAUGGAGAUGUUCCUUGUUUUGCGGAAAGAACAAAAGCUAAUCAAAGAAUUGGAAAAUGUCCUUCAAUAGCGUGUAAAACUUGUUAUAAAAAUUUAUGUAAUGAUGGGAAUGAUCUUCCUUUUAGUUUUUGUUUUGAUGGUGAUGGAAAGGGAGUUGUUGGUUGUGGCUCAAAAGCUGGUUGUGGCACUUGUGAUGAAAAUAAAAUAGACAAUUCUUGUGUUGAUUGUAGAGGAUUAAAUUGUAAUAUAAAAGAUAAAUUAAAGGAAAAUGUUUUUUGUUAUGAGAGAAAAGAAAAUGGAAACGAGAAGGAAGGAGGUAGACCUUGUAAAUCGAAAUUUUGUUUUAUAUCUGUGGAUGUUAAUAAAGGUAAUUAA